AUGACGUACGGCAAGCGCGUCGGGAUUGACUCCGUUUUCAAUGAGAGAGACACACAAAGAGAGCUCGGUUCGGUCGAGAUGGGUGUUCUAAACAGGCAUAGAAAAAAUUCUCUUAGUUUCCACUUUCAAUGGCAAGCGCUUUUUGUUGAGAGGGGAAGGGGGUCGGAGACGUUUCUAGACUUCCACUUGGAGGCUGGAGCCAUGGCUGAAUGCCUGGUCAUAGCGGAUAUUCAUUCCUUGAAGCAAAAUGAGGCUCUUGACAUUCUUGCGCGGAUCGCACGCGUCGAGAAGAAGACUUUCCCCUCUAACGAAGCCUUUGACUUUAGUGCCGAUCUAUGGAGGAAGAAGCCGAACACGCGAGUCAUCUACGCGAUGGAUACCCCUUCCUCGCCAGCUGGUGCUCCUUCAACCCUAGUUGCCUAUGCCGUUUAUGUUCGGCAGAAGGGCGCCGCUCUGUUGCACAAGGUCUGUGUCACAGAACCGCACCGCAGAAGGGGGAUUGGGAAAAGACUCCUCGAAUACAUUCAACAACGGCUCCAGAAGGAGGGCUGUCAGUACAUCCAGCUCUGGGUUGACAGAGACAGACACCCGGCCCGAGCGCUGUACGCUCGGUGUGGUUUUGAAGAACGGGAACAAGUCGCCGAUUACUACGCACCUGGACGCACAGUGGCGAACUAUCCCAUCAAUUCUCAACUGCCACCGGUUGCUCGAGUCUCCAAACCUUUCAGGUUCAGCUUCUCCGAGAGCACAUUCGUCAAUGGCGAAGCUGGUCUGGAAUAUUCGCUUACGAAUGCUCCAAGAUGGCUCCAUCUCGAUAGCGGUAGCAGGACCCUUUAUGGGACGCCGGGUCCUGGGGAUGCGGGCACAGUCCAGUUUGAUCUGAAGGCGUCAGAUCAAUCAGGAUCUGCUAACAUGGGCGUUACACUGGUCGUAUCGAACGAGGCAGGACCAGAACCCGGGAAGUCACUCCUACCUCAGUUGGCUAAAUCUGGCCCUACUUCGAGCCCCUCUACCAUUUUCAUGUACCCCGGUCGACCCUUUCACCUUUCCUUUAAUGCAUCCGACAUGUUUAAGAACACUCAUUUCACGACAAUCUACUAUGCCACGUCAUCUGACAACUCGCCGCUUCCGUCUUGGAUCAGCUUUGACCCAUCGUCUCUGUCAUUCUCCGGAAACAGUCCAUCCUCUCCAUCAUCAGGGCCCCAGACUUUCAAUUUCAAUAUAGUCGCCUCCGAUGUGGCCGGUUUCAGCGCAGCUACUGUCAGCUUUGAUAUCGUCGUCGGUCCGCAUAUAAUGGCAUUUAACCAUACUGUGCAAACGCUGAAAUUCACGAGAGGACAGCCUUUCAGCACUCCCCAUUUCAUUGGCGAUCUGACGAUUGACGGAAACCAAGCAACUACCCAGAACCUGACAAGUAUCAAACUUGAUGCACCGAACUGGCUGAAGCUGGAUCAUGACACCAUAUCACUCAGCGGAACAGCUCCUGAAGACGCUGGGAACGAGAAUAUCACGGUCACGGUCACGGACGUUUAUCAGGACACCGCAACUCUGGAUAUACGUCUCCGAGUAUCUCAAUUGUUUUUCAGGGGUGUCGAAAGCUGUAAUGCGACUAUUGGAGAAGACUUUUCAUACACGUUCGACAAAUACCUCUUCAGUGAUGACACAGUGAAGUUAGAUGUCGACCUGGAGAAAGUGCCUUCCUGGGUGAAGUAUAAUGACGCAAACAGGACACUCUACGGGCAUGUUCCAGCUGAUUUGGCCCCCCAAACCUAUGAGAUCAAAUUGAUUGCCAGCCAAGGAUCGACUGUCGAGACACGCAACCUCGAUCUCAAGAUAUCCAGACCGGACCAAGGGGGCGAUGUCAAUGAUCAGAACUCCUCUGGGUCAGAAGAUCCAAUCCAUGAGCGGAAGGUUGGGAUCGUAGCGGUUGCCGUUGUGGUACCGUUUGUUGUCAUCGUCACCACGGCUAUCCUGCUUUGUUGGUGGCGACGUAGGCGUCAAGAAACAGCUGGAAAGGGAGGACAUGAUCAGGAAACACCACCGUCGCCAUCAUCCAAAAUGAAAGAGCUACCGAAAUGCGAGCCAUAUGAGCAAUGUGAGCAACAAGAACCACCCGAGACACGGCGAAGCUCAUCAAGUUCAUCCACUCGUUCGGUUGCUCCCCGUCUGGAACUUGGACCUCUCUGGGAGACGGAUUCCUUAAAGAAUGAAGAAGAGCAAACCCCUAACAUGGCGGAUCAAGAAAAUCAGCCUCCCCGACCAACGGUUGGAUGGGACUUCGCGAACGCUGGAGCACAUGAGGACAAGCAGACUCGAGAAGCUACCAAAGAAAGCACCAGUGUGACCCAGACCUCCCCUGUCUCGCAUCGAAGUACGAGGAGACAUUCGAAGAGAGAGCCUCUAAAACCAAUACAACCCCGGUCGUUCAAGAGAGAUUCGGCUAUGUCAACCAAAUCCAAAAGGUACUCCAGGCAGUCAAGUGGCUUAUCAUCAGUGGCGUCCGGCCUUCCGCCGAGACUCAAUGGUGCAGGUCAUGGAGCGGGAGGAAUCGAACCACCAGGGCUUGGAGCAGUAAGGAUGUCCUGGCAGAAUGCCCCAACGUCCUGCCCAAGCGGAGACGACACCAGCAUUGAGAAUUUGGCUACUAUGUUUCCUCGCCCCCCUCUCGCGCGAACAAGAGACAGUUUACCAUAUCCACAACAAUCGAAGCGAGUUAGUGCUGGUUCACCUACGCAACCAGAGGCGGACUCUCUCGAAGCUUUUAUCCAGAAUCGAGCAAGGAGCCGGAACUCGGGCAAUCCGAUGUUCUCGUCCCGACUGAACAGUCGGGGAUCGUCCGGUUGUCGUGCUCUGGAAAAGGCACGCCGAAGUUCUAGCGUUGCUGAAACCGCUGCCUCGGUCUCGACCAAUGCCGAAGAUCAUCGGCAGUCUCUUCAGGUCCGUCCCGUCUCUACGGCGAUGUCGGCAUCAGUAUACACAGAUGAUUUCCGCCAUUCCACUCAGCUUCGGCCCAUGUCGCAAGCGACGGCCAAUUUUGACGGAUUAAAUGUGCCGAAAACGAGAGGCAGUCAACCAAGCUUGAUUCAAAAGUAUACCGACGCGAUCGCCCAGAUCCCACGGUUCUGGAGCCAAGGCAGCCUGAGCAGCGCGCGACGCUUCGAAUCCGCCGAUUCGAUGACCGGCUCGGACGACUACAACGACUUGGUGGACGAGCAGGAGGAUCAUGAGGGUCGUAGGCAGUGGUAUGCUGCGAAUGCGCACCCUCUUUACGAUGUCAACGAAGUAGAGGCGGAAACAGCGGUGGCAGGAGAAGAGAGUCCAGACCGUCGGAUGAGCCAGAUACGAACUGGGGGUCCGGAUAGCAGCCCAGCCACACGAUCAGGCGAUCGACACUGGCAGCUGGAUGAGAACCGGGAGCAGCGGUCAGUGAGCGUGGAGGAGAGAGACGGAUUGCAACGGGAGAAUACAGGAAGUUUCCUGGCGUUUUUUGCUCCUCAUCCGGUGCCUUCACCCGUGGGAAUGCGUCCGCGAGGCGGCAUGCUUAUCUGGCGGCGCGGACGGGGGCCGGGCUGGCAGCAGCCAGGGCCUGGACUGGGCGGGGUGCCGGAAAUGGGACAAAAAGAGGCCGGGGCGGUCUGCGGCCAACCUGUCAGACAGGCAGCAGCUGCGUGCAAAGACGCCCCCAGUGAAAAUUCUGCUCGAUCCAAUUCCACGCCGUCUCGCCUGCCAGGACGAUCCCUUAUGCGUCCCUUUGAGCCUGCCAGAGGCUUUGUCCGGCCGGCCUCAUUGCUGACGACCCUGCACACACUCUCCUCCUGGAGUGCCGGCACCUCUGCUCUCGCGAGUCCAAAAUUGCCCUUCUCGCCUCGCCUCGCUGUCUCUGCUGCUCGUUGGAGCCGUGUCUCGCCGGCUCCCCUUCUCGCUGCCUCUCUCCACCCUGCGCACUCUCUGCCCCCCCCACAUCCUCUCGAUCGAUUUUGCGCUAAAGCUGCUGGGUAUUGGUACCUUCCCCUCCAGAACGCCGCCCUUCCUCCUGCGCCGCUCUCAACCCCCAUACCUGCAAAAGCGACUCCGGCGGAUGACUUCUCUGGGCCGUGCAUGAUUACCUUAUCAGAACCCGUUGUAGAGAAGACGUCUGCCCAGGGCCAAGAUGAAUGCGUUCUGUACGGACUCUCAGCCAUGCAGGGCUGGAGAAUCAGCAUGGAAGAUGCGCAUGCUGCAGUGCUCGAUUUGCAAGCCAAGUAUCUAGAUAAGGAAGGGAGACCAACCUCACCAGACAAGCGACUGUCAUUCUUUGGCGUAUACGACGGGCAUGGAGGGGACAAGGUGGCCUUAUUUGCAGGAGAGAAUGUCCACAAGAUUGUCGCCAAGCAAGAGGCAUUUGCAAGGGGCGAUAUUGAACAGGCUUUGAAAGACGGGUUUUUGGCUACCGACCGUGCUAUCCUCGAAGACCCCAAAUAUGAGGAGGAAGUCUCCGGUUGCACUGCCUCUGUCGGCGUCAUCUCCAAGGACAAGAUCUGGGUGGCAAAUGCAGGUGACUCGCGGUCGGUGCUCGGUGUGAAGGGCCGAGCCAAGCCAUUAUCUUUUGACCACAAGCCCCAGAAUGAAGGCGAGAAAGCUCGUAUAAGUGCUGCAGGAGGGUUUGUGGAUUUUGGGCGUGUCAAUGGCAACCUGGCCUUGUCCCGCGCAAUUGGUGACUUCGAGUUCAAGAAGAGCGCUGAACUGUCCCCCGAACAACAGAUUGUUACUGCUUUUCCAGAUGUAACCGUCCACGAGAUCACCGAAGAUGACGAAUUCCUCGUCAUUGCGUGCGAUGGUAUCUGGGAUUGCCAAUCUUCUCAGGCGGUGAUUGAGUUCGUGAGGAGAGGCAUUGCUGCCAAACAGGAGCUGUACCGGAUCUGUGAGAACAUGAUGGAUAACUGCCUUGCUUCCAACAGUGAAACAGGUGGUGUAGGAUGCGACAACAUGACGAUGGUCAUCGUUGGAAUCCUCAACGGGAAGACGAAGGAGGAGUGGUACAACACCAUCGCAGAGCGGGUUGCUAAAGGCGACGGCCCUUGCGCUCCGCCCGAGUACGGCAAGUCUGAAUUCCGCGGCCCGGGCGUCCGGCGUCAGUUUGAUGAGAGCCCAGACUACGACGAUUUGGAGAUGGACAGUCGAUCGAGUUCCUUCGGCGUCCGCUCAGGCAGGAUCAUCCUUUUGGGGGAUGGCACUGAAGUUCAUGCUGACCAGGCAGAAGAGGAAGAAGAGCUUUUUGACCCGGCCGACGAAGGCAAAGACGACAAGAGCCAGGUACGGAACAGCUCCUCUGAGUCUAGCAAUGACGCCAUCCGAAAACAACGUGAAGGCACUCCUGGACCCCAGCUUACCUAUCAGAACAACCCUCAGAAUAAUAAGGACACCUCACAAACCACGCCCCAAGUCUCUGCCUCGCCCUCGUCGAUCACAACGGAAUCGUCCGGCAAAGGCAACGAAGACGGCGAAGCCAGUGAGAAACCCUCCGAGUCUUAG